AUGGAGGAGCGCGGUGCUGAGGCGCUGCCUGGGCACAAGGAUGGCUGUGAGGAAACCAGAGCGUCGGUUCACGGCAGCGACGUCCCUAGUUCUGAAGUUCUUGAAGCAAUAGAAAACGUUAUUCUAGAUGUGCUUAAAAGUUUGGCCAAAAAACAAGCACCUGUUCUCACACUGGCUAAUAGAUCAGAUUGGAGGAAUGUAGAAUUUAAAGAUUCUGUAGGUCUACAAAUGAUACCUCGUUCCACUACAAAACAAAUCAGAAGCGACUGCCCUGCAACAGCACCAAAGUUUGCUAUGAUGCUCAAAAUGUUAUCGAUGAUCUAUAAGAUGGUGCAGAGCAAUUCGUAUGCAACUAAAAGAGAUAUAUACUACUCAGAUACACUCCUGUUUGGUAGCCAGAGAGUUGUGGAUGAUUUAAUCAAUGAAAUCUCUUGCAUGCUUCAGAUACCUCGAAGAAGUCUGCACAUUCUGUCUACAAGUAAAGGUUUUGUUGCCGGUAAUUUAAGUUACACUGAGGAAGAUGGUACAAAAGUGAAUUGUACCAGUGGUGCAACAGCAGUUACCGUGCCAUCUAACGUUCAAGGAAUUAAAAAUCUAUACUCUCGUGCCAAAUUCAUAUUAAUUGUAGAAAAAGAUGCAACCUUCCAGAGACUCCUGGAUGAUGAGUUCUGCAUUAAAUUGGCCCCAUGUAUAAUGAUUACGGGAAGAGGCAUACCAGAUCUUAACACACGACUUCUGGUCAGAAAGCUCUGGGAUACAUUUCAAAUUCCUAUUUUCACCCUUGUGGAUGCAGAUCCACAUGGUGUGGAAAUAAUGUGUAUCUACAAAUAUGGAUCUGUGUCAAUGUCUUUUGAGGCUCACCAGCUCACCGUUCCAUGCAUAAAGUGGCUUGGUCUCCUUCCGUCUGAUCUCAAGAGAUUAAACAUACGGGCAGAUGUCCUGAUUCCAUUUACGAAGCAAGAUCAAAACAAGUUAACAAGUCUACAAAAGAGGCCUUACAUUGCUUGUCAGCCAGCGUGGAAAAAAGAGCUGGAAAUUAUGGCAGCAUCUAAAAUGAAGGCUGAAAUCCAAGUUCUAACUUCUCUUUCAUCAGAUUAUCUUUCCAGAGUGUAUUUACCAAACAAAUUGCAAUUUUGUGGAUGGAUAUGAAUGCCUAUUUGCAUAUGGGCUGUUUUUCUUCAUAUUGAUUUGUUUUCUUGACUAAGAGAAAAACAGAGAAGCAAAGGAGUGUGUAUCAGCAUCUUGCUCAGCUUAUUGUAACUAGAUUAGGAUUGUCUCUUCUUUCUAUUUCAAGCUGUAAAAGGAAUCACAACUCUUACAGAGUACAGUUUGUUCCACUCUGCCUUCAGUGCUGCACUGUUCCUUCUGCCCAGGGAACACUGUUAGAGAUAGGAGCUAGGAUCGGAUCGAGGAACUGUUUUGUCCUCUGUCUCAAAGCAGACAACGAUGCUGUGCACACCUUGCAAUUUCUGCAAAGUAAAGGACUUUGUUGGCAACUUGUUGUAAGCACCUCCUUGUGGAAACGACGGCAGCCCAGCACUGCGCUGCUCUGCGCUCUGUGCGCUCGGGCUGGCAGCGCGCAGUCAGAGCUUCAUUCCCGCACAUCGCAAACCGCUGUAAACGUUCCAGCGACCCAACUGCUAUUUGUUUGGAGUGAGCAAGCACGCAGAUGUUGUUCAUUAAGAGUAUAAGCAAUCUUGUUAAUGGUGCACAUCACAACAAAAUCCCUCGUUCAUUUUUUUUAGUUGGCUCCGAAACGGUGAAAAGGAGCCGGAAAAGGCAGUGAUUAAAGCGUAUAAUAAACCUUCUGUAAAGAAAAGGAAUUGACUGCAUGGGAAAAGUUUCCAAAAUCGAUCCGCAGCCAAAACCGUUGCACAUAUUUUCGGCAGG